AUGGCUGAAGCACUCAUUUCCGUGCUCCUAGAACAGUUGGCCUCAAUCAUAAAAACAAAAGUAGAACAAGAGGUCACACCAGUUAUGGAUGUUAAGAAAGAAGUGGCAAAACUCACCCGCAAUUUCAAAGCUAUUAAAGUUGUGCUCGAGAAUGCAGAGGAGAGGCAAAUGAAGGAGGUGGCUGUGAGAUACUGGCUGGACAGUUUGAAGGAUGUAUCCUACGAGAUGGACGACGUGUUAGACGAGUGGAAUACUGAAAUUCUGAAACAAGAAAAAGAAGCCGGUAAUGCUGGUAGUACUAGUACUACCAAUAAGGUAUGUUUCUGCAUUCCUGCCCCUUGGUUUUGUUUUGGCCAAGUCCGUCAAGUAAUUCUUCGUCGUGACAUUGCUGUGAAGAUAAAAGAACUGAAUGAAAGAUUAGCUCUGAUUGCUAGUGAAAGACAAAACUAUAACUUUCAAUACAUGAAAAGAGGAAUUGAACAAAUUGAACGACAAAAAAGUUCUUCUUUCGUUGAUAAGACAUUUGGUCGAGUCGACGAAAAGGAAAUAUUAGUAAAAAAGUUGCUGAGUAAGAGUAGUCAAGGAGAGGCGACCUGCCUUGUCAUCCCUAUUAUAGGGAUAGGAGGAAUUGGCAAGACAACUCUUGCCAAACUUGCCUAUAAUGAUGAAAAGGUUCAAGCUCAUUUCAACACUAGAAUAUGGGUUUGUGUCUCAGAUCCUUUUGAUGAGAUCAAAAUUGCCAAAGCCAUCAUUAAGGGCCUGAAAAAGUGGAAUACCCCAGCUUCAAAUGAGUUGCAAACACUCUUGGAGUUUAUACACGAGUCUUUUAAGGGCAAGAAGUUCCUUCUUGUCCUAGAUGAUGUGUGGAACAAAGACUAUACAAAGUGGGAACCAUUAGAGCUAGCUUUACAAAAUGGAGCUGUGGGUAGUAGAAUAUUGGUGACCACAAGAAGGGAGGAUGUUGCAAGGAUGAUGGGAGCAUCCACUGAUAUGGUCAAUUUGGAGGUGUUGAGUGAAGAAAAUUGUAGGGCAUUGUUCUAUCACAUUGCACUGGCUGAUAGAGAAAAAAAUGAGUCUAAAGUGUUAGAAUUUAUUGGUAAAGAAAUUGUCAAAAAGUGCAAGGGCCUGCCCCUUGUUGCAAAGACAUUGGGUGGUCUCAUGCGCUACAAGAAAAAGAGGAAAGAAUGGGAAGACGUUUUGAAUAGUAAGAUAUGGGAGUUAGAUGUGGUUGAGGAACAAGUUUUCCAACCACUGUUAUUAAGUUAUUAUGAUUUGGCCCCGGCAAUUAAACGUUGUCUUUUGUAUUGUGUGAUUUUCCCAAAAGAUUAUAACAUUGUCAAAGAUGAGUUGAUUGAGUUGUGGAUGUCACAAAAUUAUCUUAAUUCAAUCGGAAACAAAGAAAAAGAAGCAUUAGGCGAAAUGUACUUUGAUAACUUAGUAAUGCGCUCUUUCUUUCAAGAAUUUGAGAAAGAUGAACUUGGAAAUAUAACGCAGUGCAAGAUGCAUGAUGUUGUGCAUGACUUUCUACAAUUUCUAACUAAGAAUGAAUGCUUAGUUUUGGAGGCUGAGGGUGGUAAUAAUAAGAGAAUAAUGGAGUUUGAUGGAUAUAAGAAGUUCCUUCUUGUCCUAGAUGAUGUGUGGAACAAAGACUACACAAAGUGGGAACCAUUAAAGCUAGCUUUACAAAAUGGGGCUGUGGGUAGUAGAAUAUUGGUGACCACAAGAAAGGAGGAUGUUGCGAGGAUGAUGGGAGCAUCCACUGAUAUGGUCAAUUUGGAGGUGUUUAGUGAAGAAAAUUGUAGGGCAUUGUUCUAUCACAUUGCACUGGCUGAUAGAGAAAAAAAUGAGUUUAAAGGGUUAGAAUCUAUUGGUAAAGAAAUUGUCAAAAAGUGUAAGGGCCUGCCCCUUGUUGCAAAGACAUUGGGUGGUCUCAUGCGCUACAAGAAAAAGAGGAAAGAAUGGGAAGACGUUUUGAAUAAUUAUAACAUUGUCAAAGAUGAGUUGAUUGAGUUGUGGAUGUCACAAAAUUAUCUUAAUUCAAUCGGAAACAAAGAAAAAGAAGCAUUAGGCGAAAUGUACUUUGAUAACUUAGUAAUGCGCUCUUUCUUUCAAGAAUUUGAGAAAGAUGAUCUUGGAAAUAUAACGGGGUGCAAGAUGCAUGAUGUUGUGCAUGACUUUCUACAAUUUCUAACUAAGAAUGAAUGCUUAGUUUUGGAGGCUGAGGGUGGUAAUAAUAAGAGAAUAAUGGAGUUUGAUGGAUAUAAGAAGGUUCGUCAUUUGACAUUAAUGUUUGCACCCGAAGAUCCACUAAUUCCGAUUUCCUUGUGCAACUGCAAGAAUUUACGGACUCUUGCAACUUUUGAUUCAAAGAUUACUAGUUUUGGUCGAGAGUUAAUUUCACAAGUAAAAUGCCUUAGAACGUUGAAUUUGAGUCGUAACUCCUUGAAAGAAGUUCUAAAUGAGGUUGGAGAAUUGGCACAUUUGAGGUAUUUUGAUCUAUCUUAUAAUGUUGAUUUGAUUAAAUUGCCUGACACCAUGUGUAAUUUAAUCAAUAUGCAAACCCUGAGACUCAUUGGGUGCAGUGGACUUAAGAGAUUACCUGAAGCCAUGGGAAAGCUAAUUAAUUUGCAGCAUCUUUAUGUUAUGGGUUGUCUUCGUCUAGAGUUGCCCAAGGGGAUUGCAAGGUUAACAAGUCUACGAAAGCUAGAUGUAGUUUACAUUUAUGAAGUUCGCAUCCUUGACGUUGAUAACAACAAGGAAGCAUUAUUCGAGUUAAGUGAUUUGAGAAACAUGGACCAGCUUCGUGGGAGUUUCCGAAUUGAAUUUCUGGAAAAUCUGAAGGACGCGAGGCAGGCCGAGAAGAGGCAGGCCGAGAAAGCGCACUUGGUGAACAAAAAUUGCCUUGUCAGUCUGGAAUUCGCGUUCCCCUUAGCUAAAACAGCGAAUCACGUCGAGGAAGAAACAGUGAAUGCCUUACAACCACAUCCAAAUCUGGAAUCCUUAUCUAUUGAAUUCUACAGUGGCACCACACUCCGGCCCCAUUGGAUGACGUCGUUAAACAAAUUGAGAAGCCUUACCCUCAAAUGUUGCCCUUUUGUUGAGUUUGUGCCUCCUUUGGGGAGAUUGGAGUCCCUUGAAAUACUGAAGAUAGAAGAGUGUCGGAGCUUGAAAAAGGUAGGAGUUGAGUUUUUGGGAAUAGAUGGAACAAUAGAAACACAAACAUCAUCGUCGUCAUCACUUAUUUUAUUCCCAAGUUUGAAAAGACUUGAAUUCGAGUAUAUGCCCAUGUGGGAAGAGUGGGAAGGAAUGACAGGGUGGAGUGAAGAAGAGGAUUCUCAGAAGACAAUUACAAUAAUGCCCUGCCUUUCUUCCUUACAAAUUAUUUAUUGCAAAGUGCUUAAAACACUGCCAAACUUCCUACGAAAUACACCACUGAAGGAGUUGGUCAUCGACUACUCUCCAACACUUGCACAAGGUUUCCGAAAAGGCAGAGGAGAGUGGCCCAAGAUUUCUCACAUCCCAAACAUCAAAGUUUAUGAAGAAUUUGUACAAAAAGACGGAGUUUACCAAACUGAUGAUGAUGAGACGCCAAGUGCCACUUCCACCUCUUCUUCUGGUAAUGUCUAUUAA